AUGUCAGCCACUCUAUUUGACGACAUUUUCAAAGUGACCUCGGUCGAUUCCUCGAGAUAUGACCGGGUAUCUAGAAUUACUGGCCAGUCCUCGACCAGUGCCGACAUCCACCUAACUCUUGACGUCAACACGGAACUCUUUCCCGUUACAAAGGGCACUACUCUGACCGUAGCUGUUGCACAAACCAUUUCUUUAGAUGGCGAACCAUCCAUUUCAAGUGCUGGCUGGAGAGAGCCCAAGGCCGGUGAGAAGUCCCUUGCUGAUGAUUACGACUAUGUCAUGUACGGAACUGUGUAUAAAUUCGAAGAAUCUUCUGCCGACAAAAUGUGA